GAUUGCAACUAAAAGGCAGGAGCUUUCUUGUUCCUUCAUUUUUUUUUUAAUUGUAGUGUUUAUGGCUAGAGAAGAAAUCACAUGUAAAGAGAAACUUACAUGAUUUCAGGGAACAGAAGAGUGGAAAGAGGAAGAAACUAUAAGAAAGGUGUCUCCUUUUCUUCUUAGGCAAAGUGAAGGUUGACAAAGGCACAUCUUUCUGACCCAAAAAAUGAGUGACCAAGGUCCACUUCCGAUGCCUCUUGGCGGAAAUUUCAGCAUACCUAAACCUGUCUCUGACUUCUUUGAGGGUGUAGAGAAGCUUAUUCCUGGUCACAUCUUGGGAAUGAUCAUAUCAUCGAAACCAGAUAACAGUCGUGUCACGGUUGUCAGCUGCAAAGAAACUUCAUACGCUAGGUGGAGAAAUCACACGGUUAUGCCAGGCUUUCUGAAGGAUACAAACUGGAAAGAGUACAUGGGUCGUGUUAGAGAUCAAGGAGGCCAUGACACUUGUUGGGCUGUUGUAACUGCAGAGUUGAUCAGUGCCAUAAGAUUCAUUCUGAAGUAUGAUGCAAAGUACACUGAGUACUCUGCCCAGUACUUAGUGGAUUAUGCUAACCCAGCAAAGGCAUUAGCGAACUAUCCAAAAGAAAAGCAUUACUGCUACACUUACUCUGUAGCUAAAGGGUUAGAUUUUGUACUGGAUGGAGGUAUACCAACAGAAGCACACUGGGAAUAUAAGGGUUGUAGGAAACAGCCAGCUUACCGUACACCAAAGGAUCAUCCUCAUGUUCACAUUGCUUCUGUUCAGCGAUUAACUUCUGUAGAAGAGAUGUUCCACAACUUGCAAUUUCAUCCAAUUGGGGCAUCUUUGGCUCUAUUCUUACCAGAUUAUUCCACUAUCAAAAAGGGAAUUUACCGAGGGCCUACAUCCAAAGCAUCUGUGUAUAUAGGUGCUCAUGCAGUCUCCAUAUAUGGCAUUAAAGUGGUAAACGGAGAGACCAUUGCGCUCGUGAAGUCUACUCACGGCACAGAAUUAGGGAAUGACGGUUACUUCAGAGUAUCUCUAGAUACCAUGCUAGUUGAGGAAGUGGAUUCCCUCUCACAUUUUGCGGCUUCACCAAACACUCGAGAUUGA